CCUCUCUCCGCCUGUGUCGCAUUCCCCUGCGCUCCGCCAGCGAUCUGUUUGUGAUGAGGCGGGAAAUGGCGUCCAAAGACACGGCUGUUCUGUGACUUAGCCACUGAGAGACGGACGUAGCUGGCGGCAACAACCACGGCUCGACAUCUAACGGUGGCCGCCACGGUUGCGGCCGAGACUGACAACGCUGUGGCGGGUUUUAACGAGCUUCCGAAAACAGCGGUUUUCCAUGUGACGUUGGAGCAUGAUGAGGCUGAGAGUGCGUAAAGCUCCUCAGCACCCCAACAAAGGCCACAGAACGCUCCCAUACCAGGCCAAACGAAAACACAGCGAAGUGGAGCCGUCGUCCCCGGUGAGCGGCCGAGGCAAAAUGCAGAAAAAUGAAUCUGGGCUCCUCUCCACCAUCAAGAAAUUUAUCCGUGGGAACGCCGUCAAGGUGGAGCAGGAAAUCCCAGCCAAGAGGAGUCGCAUUGAUUGUAAUUCAGACAAUGACAUCAUCACUUCGACACCCCAAGGUCUGUCCAACAAAUCCGCAUCAAGAGUUUGCAGAAAAACUCAAAGUAAAGACACAAUGACCUGCAACAGUAAACCCAUCAAACCAAACGGUAAACUGGAGGCGCCCAUCGACUCGCCCAGCAGCCCGCCGCGUACAACCCUACUGGGAACCAUCUUCUCUCCAGUUUUCAACUUCUUCUCACCAGCAACUAAAACUGCCACUCCGGGCUCGGACUCGCCGGGCCAGGCGGUGGAGGCGGAGGAAAUCAUCAAACAGCUGGACAUUGAGCCGGCGGAGGAAAUGCCCAGCAGCACCGUAACGUCCAGGGAAGGAAUCACUCCGUGUCACACGGUCCAAAUGCUGCCGCAGAGGCUUCAGAUCAACUCGGACACAACCAUCGAAGAAGGAGAAAUCGUCACCGAAACUGACAUCCCCCCGCUGACAGCUCCUGGCUGCAUGCCAGAUGGCAGCUACCCCCACUCUUUACCUUCAGCACCUGCAGAAACCUCGUAUGAGGAGGACUGGGAAGUGUUCGACCCGUACUUCUUCAUCAAGCAUGUGCCUCCGCUGACAGAAGAGCAGUUAACACGUAAACCAGCGUUACCUUUAAAAACACGCAGCACACCCGAGUUCUCUCUCGUCUUGGAUCUGGAUGAAACUUUAGUCCACUGCAGUUUGAAUGAACUAGAAGAUGCAGCUCUGACAUUCCCUGUGCUCUUUCAAGACGUUAUAUACCAGGUCUACGUCCGAUUGAGGCCAUUUUUCCGAGAGUUUCUUGAGCGCAUGUCUCAGUUGUACGAGAUUAUUCUCUUCACUGCUUCAAAAAAGGUCUAUGCAGAUAAGUUGCUCAACAUCCUGGAUCCAAAAAAACAGUUAGUAAGACAUCGACUGUUUCGAGAGCACUGUGUUUGUGUCCAAGGAAAUUACAUUAAAGACCUGAACAUUCUGGGACGGGAUCUGGCAAAGACGGUAAUAAUCGACAACUCACCCCAAGCCUUUGCUUAUCAGCUUUCUAAUGGAAUCCCAAUCGAGAGCUGGUUCGUGGAUAGAAAUGACAACGAACUUCUGAAGCUCGUUCCUUUCCUUGAGAAACUGGUGGAGCUGAACGAAGACGUCAGGCCGCACAUCAGAGAACGAUUUCGUUUGCACGACCUCCUCCCUCCAGACUGAGGAACCUUCAUCGACGCGUCACUUCAGUAUCGUUUGUGGGAAAGGCUCAACAGAAGGAUAUAAUCAGUGGUUUUCUCUUUACAUUACCGUUGCUUUUUAAAAACAAACACAAAAAAAAAAAAGUUUAAAAGAAGAAAAAAAAAAUCAAAAGCUCUUU